CUAUAAUUUAAAUAUUUUUAUAUAUAAUACAAUUAUGGACGAAAAUGUUAGCCUUGAGUCUCAAUCCCUACUUAGAGAAAAUACAGAAAAAAAUGAUUCUGGAAAGUCCGGCCUGAUCGAGGCACUCACAAGGAAAAAAGAAUUCGUUUACGUAGAAGAUAGUGGUCUCAAAAGAAUCUUACGUUUCCAUGAUUUGGUCUUCCUUGGCCUGGGUUCCAUGCUGGGUAUGGGGGUCUACAUCAUGGCAGGAGAUUUAGCGACCAAGGUCGGACCGGCGAUGAUACUGUCUUUCCUUUUCGCAGGUGUGGCCUGCACCCUUGCAGCUCUAUGUUAUGCUGAAUUUGCAAGCCGUACACCAGGGACUGGUUCAGCAUACGCCUAUUGCUAUAUAACAGUUGGGGAGUUUGUUGCUUUCAUCCUGGGUUGGAACUUAUGUCUUGAAUUCGUAAUUGGUACAGCAUGCCUUGUUCGUGGAAUGAGUGCAUACAUUGAUUCCAUGUUUGGUGGUAGCAUUUCUAACUGGGAAAAAAAACAUUUUGGAAUGCAUAUCAAAUUUUUAUCAGAAUAUUUGGACUUUUUAUCUUUUAUUAUUAUUAUUAUAUUCUCAGGGAUUGUAAGUAUUGGUGUCAGAGAAUCGACAAUGAUAACUACUAUCUUUGUCAUAAUAAACAUGAUAACCAUUAUAACUUUGAUUAUAAUUGGAUUAAUUUAUGCUAAUAUUAAUAAUUGGUCACUUAGUGGAUCACUGAGUACUCAAGCUGGUAAAGGUGGAUUUAUGCCAUUUGGUUUUUCAAGUGUCAUGGAAGGUGCUGCAACAUGCUUCUAUGCUUAUACUGGUUUUGAUACUAUAGCAACGACAGGUGGAGAAGCCAAAAAUCCACAGAAAACAGUACCACUUGCAUUGAUUGCAAGCAUAUCACUUGCCAUUUUAGUGUAUGGAUCUAUAUCGGCCACAUUAACACUCAUGUGGCCUUAUUUUGAUGAGAAUUUAAGCAAAGGAUCGCCUUAUCCAUAUGUUUUGGGAAAAUGGGGUCUUGGCAGCAUGAGACUAGUAAUAACAUUUGGAGCCCUGGCUGCAGUAUCAGGAUGCAUACUUUCUUCUGUGUUCGGGAUGGCUCGCAUUGUAUAUUCUAUAGCAGAAGAUGGACUUCUGUUUCGACCAUUGUCUGUUAUUAACAGAAUUACAAAAACACCAGUUAAUGCUACUAUAGCAUCUGGCUUGCUGACAGGAUUCUGGUCGGUAUUCUUCAACACAGAACAGCUGAUAGAUAUGACAUCAAUAGGAACGCUAAUGGCCUAUACAAUGGUUGCAAUUUGUGUUCUUCUUCUUAGAUAUGAAGAUGAAGAUAUGGAAACUGCUGCUUCAUUAAAAAAGAAACAAGAAUAUAACUUCUCUCUAAAAAAAAUAUUUAAUAAACCAAUUAGCAACAAAGAACCUAAUGAGCUUACAAGUACAAUAGUGAAAUAUGCCACAUAUGUAGUAAUACUGGUAUCAACACUAUUCGGAUUAAUAUUCGCCUUUGAAAUUAACAAACUAAUGGCUUUAGAACCCAUUAUUAUUACUUCUGCUGCUAUCUUAACAAUAGUGAUGAUCAUCUCUCUAUCUGUGAUUGCAAGACAACCAGUAUCAAAAGCAGAGUUGAAGUUUAAGGUCAAACCCAUUCCUUAUUUACCAGCAUUGUCUUUGUUUAUCAAUAUUUACUUAAUGCUGAAACUAAACUUAAAGACAUGGAUACGUUUUGGAAUCUGGUUAAUCUUUGGUUUGCUGAUAUAUUUUAUAUAUGGAAUAAGACACAGUAAAGAAAGACAAACUCAUAAGGGUAUAUCAACCAAGAAAUUUUAAAACAUAUGCUAAUGAACUUUUUGUUUUAAAUAUAUACUUCAAAAUUGUGUCAAUUUAUUAAAUAGAAGCUCGAGAUUUGCUUGUAAAAUAUCCAUCGAAUUCAUACCAACAAGCAAAGUUUCAGUAUUUGGACUAAUAAGAGUGUGAUGUAUAGCAAGUAUACCAAGCUCUACACCCUUCUCCUAAGUAAAAAUUAGGAAAUACAAUUAUUUAAAAAUAAACUAUUUUUACUUUUUUUUUUUUUUAACAAUCCUUUAAUUCUUUAUUACAUUGUAACAAAGCAAAACUGCAGUAUUUGCAUCAGUGAUUGACAAAAACAAAGGAAAGCUAUUUUUUGUCUGUUUAGAUUAGAAUCCAUUUUCAAGAAAAACCUGAAGCUAAUAAAAUUAUUGAGGAUGAAAAAUAACAAACAAUAUAGUUAUUUUAAAAUAUAGAUAAAGAAAAUGGUCAAUUGAAACUUUUAAGAAAAUAAUAUAUCAAUAAUAAAUACAGUUAUGUUUUAAUGAAACUUUUUAGUGUUUAAAUAAACACACAGUAAAAAAAGUAUAAGUUAAUGUUUCAAUUCAUUUACAUUCUUUGAGAACUCGAUGGAUAGGAAGUAAUUAAAUAGGUGGGAAUUAAAGGUAUGGAAGUUAUUGAAGGGACACAUGAAAAGAGGAAUGGAAUUUCCUUAUGGAUGAGAAUCAGAUAAUAAAAGAUCUGUUAAGACUCACGAUUCAGCGAGCCGUUGGAAAUAAUUCUGAAGAAUGAGAAUGGGUAUUGUAGGAUUGAACAUAAGAUUUGAAUUGAAGGAAAUCAGAGAUUUAUGAUGGAUGACAGGAAAUAUGAUAGUAGGAAGGAUAAAGCCACUUUAGCUCUUCAUAAAAUUGAGAGAUUCUAAAUUCUUUGAGAUUCUGAGAUGAAUUGUAUAAAGUAAUAGUUAAGUUCAUUGUGGUUGUGUAAAGUUGGUCCUUCCGUUUUUAUCGGGAAACUAGGUUAUUUACACUCGUGAUUUAAUUUUCUUAAAACAAAACCCCGGAUAUAGACUUUUUGAGGGUGUUGAACUGUCGUUGGGAAUUCGGGAAUCUAAUACUUUUGCGACACAGAGUGACAAGAAAUAAUAAGAAUAUAUAUAUAUAAGAAAUGUGGGACUUAGUAAACACACAUUGAUUGAAUUGACUCACCUGGUUUGUUUUCUUUAAUAGUGAGGCCUCUGGGACAACUAAAUAAAUAAAUGACUUUUUCCUCCUAUCUAACAAAACAAUUUAUUUUUAUAACUGUGAUAAGUGAAUCAAUUAAAGUCUUAUAACUUUAGGUUUGAUCUUCUUCAGUGAAGUGCCUCUCUCUUCUGAUAACAUCCUUUCUUCCUGUCCUGGCCUAGAGUGCCUUCUUUUCUCCCCGGAGUCCUUCUCCAGCUGCUGCUACCUGCUCGGUCCUUUUCCAACCUUCUUCCUUCUUCGUCGAUUGUUUAUCGAUAUGAGACUUUUCAAUGAAUAAUUUGUUCACUGUACAACUGAGUACAAUUCAUAGUGCAACCUCACAUUCCUAUAUAUUCAUUCUCAUUCCCUUACACAAUGCCACAUAAAGGAGUAAAUACUGGGGGCUAUCUACUACACAGGUUUGAACAGGUAUCAGAAUUCACAUACCUGGGCUCGCAGAUCACUCGUGAUAAAUGGAUGGAUACAGAGAUAAAUAAGAGGAUUUCGUUGGCCAACUGUUGCUAUUAUGGUAUGAGUCAACACAUGAAAAGCACCUUGGUGACUGAGCGUAAUAAUAAUACAAGAAUCUUUACAGACCAGUUUUAAGUAAUGUAUCAGAGACCUGGACAAUAACCAAGGCAGUCGAGCAGGACCUCAUAAUAUUUAAACAAAAAAUUCUAAGAAGAAUUUAUGGUCCAGAUUGUGUGAGUGGAGAAUGGAGAAGGAGGAAAAAUCAGAAGAUCUACCAGCGUUUUAAUAAGACCAAUAUUGUCAAUUUUAUAAGAGCAGUCCAUCUCAGAUGGGCAGGUCAUGUGUCCAGAAUGAGAGACAUGAUUCCAAAGAAGGUGUUGGUUGAAAUCCUGCAUGGAGCGCGAUGAGUAGUAAGACUAAAGUUAAGAUGGAGAGACAGCACGGACAAAGAUGCCACAGUGGAAGUUAGGAAUUCGAAACUGGAUAAUGGUGGCAGCACAAAGCAGGGACACCUGGCAGAUGCUGUUGGCAGAGGCCAUGACUCGCUAAGCGGGUUGUAGAGUCAGUAUAGAUAGAUAAAUAGAUCAACAGAGCUAAGGUCACAUUAUAUAAAACAGUUAUUAGACCAGUUGGGUCUUAUGGCUGUGAAACGUGGGCAAUUUCAAAGAAAGUGAAAAAAUGUUAAAAGUUUGAGAAAGAAAAAUACUCAGAAGAAUAUAUGGACCUGUCUGUGAGAACUGCAAUUGGAGAAUAAGAAGGAAUAAGUAGUUGAAAGGAAUGGUCCAAGAAUCAGAUCUGGUUUCUUUUGUUAGUAAGAAUCAGUUGUGGUGGCUGGGACAUGUAGAGCGGAUGCCACCUAAUAGGAUAUCCAAAAAAAUUACUGGAUGGUAAGCCUGGAGGAGAAAGACUUAGAGGUUGUCAACGAUUAAGAUGGUCAGAUGGAGAGAGUAUUGAGGGAGAUGGAAAUAAGAGGAUGGAUGAGACUCGCCCAGGAUAGGGAAGAGUGGAGUAGGAUUGUAGAGGA